AUGACAAUACCCCGAACAGAAAUUAGGAUUCUGUUGCCCGUUGGAGUUCAAUUCUCUAAAAUGGCGUUAAAUUUUAUGGAAGAAUGGGCUUUUCAGAUGUUUCGUAGAACCAUGGCAACUCAAUUAGAUAAGCAAUCUCUUUCAGAAAAACGGACAGAUUGA